GGCUUGCGCAUAAACAAGAACACAGCCAUGUUUGGAGCAUGUUUAUUUCCUGUUAAUAGGCAGAAAAUAUCUCACUGCGGACAACAAGACCUGGCAUGGUAACACUUCAUUGCUGUCCAAACAAAUAUGGCAACUGUGCUGCCUAUGCCUUGUUUCUUGGUCUAUAUAAGUUGCAUUUGUUUUGAAACAGUGCGAUUGCUUCAUGCAACAAGAAGCAAACAUACCUUUGGAGCUAAAUGUGUGCAUGAUUACAAACACUUUGAAACCUGCUAAACAUUUAUAAAACAUUACAGACAGCCUUACCUUAGCCUAGCUGUCUGCCUCACUGGCUGUUCCACAAAGUGCAAACAAGUGACUUCUGAGUAGGAUAGGUUAUUACUGUUACAUAUGAAUGCCACCUUCUGCUCUGGAGUGUUAAUCACAGUGCCACUUUAAGACAGUAUUCAGGAGCAGCUACUCACAGGUGUAACUAGGUGCCAUCUUGUGGUCACAAACAAUAUUGCAAUAUUUCUUUACAUAAGUCACUUUGAAAUAUAAAGUCACAAGAAAAGCGAAACAUGUGUGGUGGGGGGCAACCUAUGGUCCAAAAAGUACAGUAAUUUGCCAUCUGAGUGUACAUGUGGGUAUAGGUCAUAUAUAUGACAUCUAUUAUGCAUCUCUCUCUGUCUGUCUCUUGAAUGUGUUUGUGUGUGGCCCAUAAUCAUCACAAAUUCCUUUGACAUGGUGUUUACAGCUUAUUGAGUUGCAAAAAUCAGCACUUGCUGUGAAUUUUCAUGUCUGGCCCUGUAUAGGUUUUGCUUUAUCAGCAUAACCUGAUUAAUUUUAAUCCCUCAUGGAUAACUUUAAUCAGACACUAUAGCAUGACAUUUUACACCGGUUCUAUUUUUCUGGCACAAUGUAAGUACUUAAAAGCAAACUAACUACACUCUAAAAAAUGAACUGCUGUCUCAACAAGAAAAAGUGAUGUAACAAUUUGCAUAGAUUUUUUUAAAGUUACUUCAACUUAACUGCAAAGUAUUGUGGCAUUAACUCAGUUGACAGAUGAAUUAACGAAGUUGAAAUAACUUUUAAAAAUCUAUGCAAACUGUUACAUCAUUUUUUCUCGUUGAGACAGCAGUUCCGUUUUUAGAGUGUAGUUUACAUGGUGAUUACUGCUUUGCUGAAUCCAGUUUGUCAGCAGUUUGGGUUUCUCUCCCCGCCCAGCCUCCUCUGCUCCUCCUGGGGUAUUUGGUGUCCAACAGUGAAGUGGAUUUUCUCCUUUCACAGCUCCAUUCCAUUUGAAACAGACAACAAGUAGCCAUGGGUUUUAUGGUUGCAGUCUCCACAGUUUUGCUUUGCUUGCUGGCUGGCCUUUGCUCUGCAGGUUCCGACGCACCUCGAGGAGUGGCUGUUGGGUUCGUGUUUGACCCUAAAGCUCAGUGUGACCCGCCAUGCAAACACGCGGGAAUCUGCAUCCGCAACAACACGUGCUUCUGCUCCAGGGGUUACGACGGAGAGACCUGCCAGUAUGCCAGUUGUUAUCCCAAAUGUAAGGGAGGAGGAGGUGUCUUCGCCCUGGGAAAAUGUAGAUGUCCUCCUGGAUUUGGGAGGAAAAUUUUUGUCAUAAAGGUAAAAUGUCAAGGAGGAUGCUGGAAUGGGGGAGAAUGCAGUGCUGUCAAUGGAGUAACCAAGUGCAUAUGCCCAAGCUGGACUGGCUCCAAAUGCCAAGAGGCAAUUUGUCCACAGGGCUGUAGGAACGGGGGAAUCUGUGUUGCUCCAGGAAUCUGCAGCUGUCCAGAGGGAUGGCUGGGAGGUGCCUGUCACACUGCUGUCUGCAGUCAGCCCUGCCUGAAUGGAGGGAAGUGUAUUUCUCCCAACAAAUGUCGCUGUCGCUCCCCCUACACCGGAUCUCACUGUGAGGACAGGAAAAAGUCCCACUAGUGUGAUCGUGACAGGUCAAACAUCAGACACACCCAAAUGGUGACCUUAUGCUUGAAUAUAGUUCAGUUUUUGGUUUACAUUGGGAGAUUUAAUUUUUUUUUCUCGAUGUAAUGUUCGAUCACAAACAUUGAAUGUUAUCUAAAUGUAUGUUAUGUAUUGUAAUUAGUGACAUUAAAUGAAUAACUCUGUAAUCUGCAUGACUGUGUAAUUAAAAUAUUUACCAGCCUUGGUUAGGGGAACCUGCAGCACACUGACUCCCUGUCCAAGGUGAGUUGUAGUUCUGUCUACUUGAAGUAACAGUAUCCGGGUAUAAGCACUAACACCAAUGGAUCUCGGUGCAGUCUUGUCACAUGACAGCAUGACCAGCAGUUGGACAUUUUAAGAACAUUAUUAAGGCUUGAAUAGAUGCUUUUCA